AUGCCUAGCAAUCUUUGCGAGAAAUGCAAGUUUCUAUAUCUCAGUGCAGAGUCUCUGGGUCGAUACGGGUUCACGGAAAAGGAAGAGAAUGGUAAACUUCAUUUGCAAUUUCCGGCCGGGCAGCAAUGUAUCACUAUUCCAUAUGACUGUCGCGAUAACCUUCCUGAUUUGCCGCUGCUUAGAGAGUCGGCAAAGGCAGGAUGUGGCUUUUGUGGACUGCUCCGGGACUCGUUGCUGAAGGGCAUCGGUGAAAGUCAUUAUAAAAAGCUCCUGGAGGUCCCCCGUGAGAGAAAUUUGACAGUCAAGGUGACGAAGCUUUCUCUACUGGCAGCAUACAGAGCCUCAGAGAACGAAGGCAGUAAAUUCGCCGCCAUCUGUGUGGGAUGGGAUAUCCUUGAACCGGGAAGUGAUCGACCUGCUAAUGGCAUGAUUGGACCUCAUGGUCUAGUCUAUUUCAAACUCUGUGCACGCUUUGAUGACCUUCUUGCACGCUAUUUGGGCAUCGCAUACCCUUAUCCUGGACAAGAUAUUCUCUCCGCUGAAAAUGUCGAGGCUGUUCGAGAUCAGUUAAAGGAUUGCGAUGGAAAGCAUAAUCACGUCUUGAGACCUAUUCGCCCUGGGGAGUCCACAUCCGACAGGUUGCCUUCAAGACUUAUUGAGAUUACUAGAGAUGAGAGCGGCAAAAAACUGCGUCUGGUAGAAACCAAAAAUCUAAAGACCACGUAUGGGCCGAACUCUCCAGUGAGCACCCAAAGUAUCAAAUACGUCGCGCUCAGUUACCGCUGGGGCGUCAAAGAGUUCCUCACUACUAUGCCUAGCAACCUGGAGAAGCAUUGCCAGGAGAUCCCACUACCGCCGUCCCAGCUAGAUGCUAUGCCAGACGCUACGGAAACUUUACCGCAGGGGUUCAGUGAUGUCGUCGACAUUUGCUGCGAGUUGGACAUUUUCUAUUUGUGGAUUGACAGUCUCUGUAUCAUCCAAAAAGAAAAUAAGACCGUCGAUGAGGAUCUGCUCAAGAUCCAACAGGAACAAUCUCGGCAAGACUGGGCCAAAGAGUCGGCCAAGAUGCACAGCAUCUACAUGUCAGCGUACCUGACAGUUGUCUUGGUUGCCACAGACACACCCCUUAACAGCGUCCUGGAGCGGCCUGUGCCCAACCUUGAUCCCAUGGUCGCCAUUGCAUAUUCGGUCGAAAAUCACCCUGAGAUCCACGGCACAUUCUUCGUCCAGCCUUUAUCAUACACAGGUGAAUUGGACCACCUCGUCUGGAAUCAAUUCCUAGCUGCGGAGGACGAGCUAGACUCGUCAGCAUGGAACACUCGAGGAUGGACGUUACAGGAACGACUACUAUCGCCACGAAAACUCUACAUCGGCGUGACGGAUAUGCUUGGACUGGGCUUGUUGACCUGCCCUACGCAAAUCGAUUAUGGGCGCGACAUCGAGGAUAUCAAACGGCCCCGACGUCACAAGUCGCUGGAUAAGCUGGAGAUCGGAACUUUAGCAGCGACAGGUACCGAGGUCUCUGGACAGACAUCCGACAAAGCAAAAUUCUAUCAGGCCUGGUAUAAAAUCGUAGAGGACUACACCUGUCGCGAUCUAUCCGUGUCAAGCGAUAAACUGCCCGCUCUUUCUGGUAUCGCACAGACGCAUUCCUUGGCCCUGGACGACCAGUACAUCGCUGGACUAUGGGUGCAGGAUCUGGCCUAUGGUCUUCUUUGGGCGCCCCGCUACGCGAUGAACCCUGGCGCCGACCGAUAUUUUGGGGAAAGAGAACGGAAGCCAUUGACCCGUGCUGGGCAAUAUCGGGCGCCAUCUUGGUCAUGGUGUGCCAAUGAUGGGCAAGUUGAAUUUAUUGGACAUUAUCUUCAUCGUCCAAAGUCGGAGAUUCAGGUGCUCGAGCAUAAAUUGAUCCCCAAGUACAAAGACAGCUACGGGCAAUUGGCAGUCGAUCAAGUGAAUGGUGGCUAUGUGAAACUUGUGGCGAAGAUCAAAGAGGCCCAGAUGCAGGCAGCUACUGUGCCACGGCCGAAUCCUUUCCAUCAGAAUUUUCCCGAAAGCAAACCGGCCAAAUCCCAGGCGACAUUCGAACUGAGGGGUGUCCACGUUCCCAACAGUACGGAUGGAUACCAGAGGCACACGAUCUUCUUAGAUCAGUCGGGGAAGCAUCCCGAAGAGCAAAAAGUGUUUUUGAUGCUGUUGUUGAGGGGCGACCAGCCAUUGUAUUCCCCUCCGGAUCAGUACGAAUUGGGAGUCCGGUCUGCCGGGCUGGUGUUGCGAAUGAGCACAACGGGCCCGGGGCAGGCAACACCGCGGUUUGAGCGGAUUGGCUUUUACCAGCAUUUCUGGGAUAUGGGCAUGACCUCUAUCUUUGAUGGUUGUGAGCCACAGACUAUUUAUCUAGUGUGA